CUUGCUUUAACUCUGAUUGCUGCAAUUUCUCUCUCCGAUUGCUGCAAUUUCAUAGCUAACUCUUCUUUGCUUCUUUCCUGUUUUAAUUUCAUGUCUUUACCAUUAACAAUAAUGUGAAAGCUUUAUUUGUUUCAUGUUUAACUUCAGUUGCUAUUGUCUUAUGCUCCCUCAUUAUUAAGCUUAAACUGUUGUAUCUCUUGCUUGUAUUUGGAAGAGAGUAGAUACCUUAUGCAAUUGCUCCAUCGCUAAUUGAUUGUUCCUCAAAUUCUGCAGCUGCCAUGACAGAGCCAGAGUCUUCUCGAAGUAGACCUGAAGGGACCUAUGAUGUCUUCUUGAGCUUUAGAGGAAAAGAUACUCGCAAGACAUUUACAGAUCAUCUAUAUACUGCCCUAGUCCAAGCAGGAAUCCACACUUUUCGAGAUGAUGAUGAACUUCCUAGAGGAGAAGAAAUCCACGAUCAUCUCCUCAGGGCAAUUCAAGAAUCAAAGAUAUCCAUAGUUGUCUUCUCAAAAGGAUAUGCUUCUUCUAGAUGGUGUCUCAAUGAACUUGUAGAGAUUCUUAAGUGCAAAAAUAGGAAAACGGGUCAGAUUGUUCAACCUAUAUUCUAUAACAUUGAUCCUUCAGAUGUGAGAAAACAGAAUGGCAGUUUUGCAAAAGCAUUUGUUAAACAUGAAGAGCGUUUUGAAGAGAAGUUGGUGAAGGAGUGGAGAAAAGCUCUUGAGGAGGCCGGAAAUCUAUCUGGAUGGAAUCUCAAUGAUAUGGCAAAUGGGCAUGAAGCAAAAUUUAUCAAAGAGAUUAUCAAGGAUGUGUUGAAUAAAUUAGAUCCCAAGUACUUGUAUGUUCCUGAGCACCUAGUAGGUAUCGAUCGGCUUGCUCACAAUAUUAUUGACUUUCUAAGUACUGCAACAGAUGAUGUCCUCAUUGUGGGCAUACAUGGGAUGCCAGGAAUAGGAAAGACGACUAUAGCAAGAGUUGUAUUUAAUCAACUCUGCUAUGGAUUCGAAGAAAGCUGUUUUCUUUCGAAUAUCAAUGAAACAUCAAAACAAUUUAAUGGUCUUGUUCCUUUACAAAAGCAACUUCUUCACGAUAUUUUCAAACAGGAUGCUGCAAACAUCAAUUGUGUCGAUAGAGGAAAGGUUCUGAUCAAAGAACGACUUUGUCGCCAAAGAGUUCUUGUUGUUGCUGAUGAUGUGGCUCGUCAGGACCAGCUAAAUGCUUUGAUGGGAGAGCGAAGUUGGUUUGGUCCCGGAAGUAGAGUCAUUAUUACAACAAGAGAUUCAAGUGUUCUACUUAAAGCAGAUCAAACAUAUCAGAUCGAAGAAUUGAAACCAGAUGAGUCCCUUCAGCUUUUCAGCUGGCAUGCCUUGAGGGACACCGAGCCAGCAGAAGAUUAUAUUGAGCUUUCGAAGGAUGUAGUUGAUUACUGUGGAGGACUUCCUUUGGCUCUUGAGGUUAUGGGUGCUUGUUUGUCUGGGAAAAACAGAGAUGGUUGGAAAUCUGUAAUUGACAAAUUGAGAAGAAUUCCAAACCACGAUAUUCAAGGAAAGCUUAAAAUAAGUUAUGACUCACUGGACGGUGAAGAACUACAAAAUGCAUUCCUUGAUAUCGCAUGCUUCUUUAUUGAUAGAAAGAAAGAGUACGUCGCAAAAGUGCUAGGAGCCCGUUGCGGUUACAAUCCAGAAGUUGAUUUGGAAACUCUCCGUGGAAGGUCUCUGAUUAAAGUUAAUGCCAUUGGAAAGAUAACCAUGCAUGAUCUAUUACGAGACAUGGGAAGGGAGGUCGUUCGUGAAACGUCUCCAAAAGAACCUGGAAAGAGGACCAGAAUUUGGAAUCAAGAGGAUGCAUGGAAUGUACUUGAGCAGCAGAAGGGUACGGAUGUUGUAGAGGGUCUUGCACUGGAUGUCAAAGCAUCAGAAGCUAAAUCACUGAGCACAGGAUCAUUUGCAAAAAUGAAACGCUUAAAUUUACUCCAAAUCAAUGGAGUGCAUCUCACCGGAUCCUUCAAACUACUUUCUAGAGAGUUGAUGUUGAUAUGUUGGCUUCAAUGUCCUUUGGUAUAUUUUCCAUCUGAUUUUACCAUUGACAAUCUAGCUGUUCUUGAUAUGCAGUACAGCAACCUCAAAGAACUAUGGAAGGGAAAAAAGAUUCUCAAUAGGCUAAAAAUCAUUAAUCUCAGUCAUUCUCAGAACCUUAUUAAAACACCAAACUUGCACAGUUCAAGUCUAAAGAAACUAAAGCUGAAAGGUUGCUCGAGUUUAGUUGAGGUGCAUCAAUCUAUUGGAAAUUUGACGAGCCUCAUUUUCUUGAAUCUGGAGGGAUGUUGGAGGCUAAAGAUUCUCCCUGAAAGCAUUGUCAAUGUAAAGUCUCUUAAACGCUUAAAUAUUUCUAGGUGUUCACAACUUGAGAAAUUGCCAGAACGCAUGGGUGAUAUGGAAUCCUUAAUUGAGCUGCUAGCCGAUGGGAUUGAAAAUAAGCAAUUUCUCUCUUCAAUUGGACAAUUAAAAUAUGUCAGAAGGCUAUCAUUGCGUGGAUACAAUUUCAGCCAGGACUCACCAUCAUGGCUUUCACCGUCAUCUACAUCUUGGCCUCCAUCAAUUUCUUCUUUUAUUUCAGCAAGUGUUUUAUGUUUGAAACGUUUGCUGCCAACAACUUUCAUCGAUUGGAGAUCAGUGAAAAGUCUUGAACUUUCUUAUGUUGGUUUGUCUGAUCGAGUAACUAACUGUGUUGAUUUUAGAGGUUUUUCCUCUCUAGAAGAACUAGAUCUAUCAGGAAACAAAUUCUCUAGCCUGCCUUCUGGGAUCGGCUUCCUUGCCAAGCUAGAGAUGAUGGAUGUUCAGGAAUGCAAAUAUCUUGUAUCAAUCCGAGAUCUUCCCUCAAAUUUAGUCUAUUUGUUUGCAGGUGGUUGCAAAUCAUUGGAAAGAGUAAGAAUACCAAUCGAGUCAAAAAAAGAACUAUAUAUAAAUCUACAUGAAAGUCAUUCGUUAGAAGAGAUUCAGGGCAUCGAAGGUCAAAGUAAUAUUUUUUGGAAUAUUCUUGUUGAUGACUGCAUUCCUUCACCAAAUAAAUUACAGAAGAGCGUUGUUGAGGCAUUCUGCAACGGUUGUUACCGGUAUUUUAUUUACUGCCUUCCUGGUAAGAUGCCAAAUUGGAUGAGCUACAGUGGAGAAGGAUGCCCAUUGUCAUUCCAUAUACCUCCAGUCUUCCAAGGCUUAGUUGUUUGGUUUGUCUGUUCACUUGAGAAGGUUCAUCGUCACUCCAUAUACUUAGACAUAGACAUUAUUAUUAUUAUAAGAAAUAAAAGCAACGGUAUUCAAUUGUUUGAAGAUGAACGAACAAAAUACACAUAUCCAGCACCAAAAACUGGGGGAUGGAUAAGAUACAUAAGUGGAAGUGAAAUGGCAAUGGAAGAUUACUGUGCAGAUGACGAAUUGGAACUAUACAUAUAUUCAAAGCCAAUACGGAUUGCUGUGCGCAACAGUUAUCCAUUCUACCUCCUGCACAUUAAAGAAUGUGGGGUUCAUGUGAUCGCAGGAAAGUCAAAUUCAUUUGAAGAGUCGGAAGUAGAAAGAGAUACAGUGAUGCCAUAUCAUCUGCUUCCUCACCCUCCUUGUGGUUCAAUUACAGCGUCUACACCAAAGCAAUGGAGUGAUUAUUUAUUUCCGAAGCUGCAAAAUCAUAACCUCAAUUUAACGCUUGAUGGGGACAUAUGACCUGCAUGGUUGUGAGAGCACAAGAUUAUUUCACAAAGAGAUGCUUGAAGUUACUCCAAAUCAGUAUGGUAUUUAUGUCUGACGAGUUGAAUUUGAAGAUCAUUUUACAAACUUGGAAGUUCUAUUGAAUACUCUUUGUAAUCUUUUCCAUCCGAUUUGAAAUUGGACAACCUAAUUAUUAUUAUCCAUGACGUAAUUUAUAUUUUCAAUUUACAAUUUUUGAUGAA